CCCGACACUGUCCACCACAGCCUCACAGCACAACGCCAUGAGACAUACACGCCACUAUGGCCCAUCUCUUGCGCGGAAAGCAAGCUGGAAUCAGCAACGAUCUCUCUCAGGGCCUCAGCCCUGAUCUUUUUGUGCUUGACCAUAUCCGCAACUAUGGCAUAAACUCCAAAAUCACCCAGCUCGCAUACGACCCUGUCCAGUCUCUCAUCGCCGUCGGAACAAGCGAGAGCAAAUAUGGCCCCGGUCAAAUUUAUGUAUUCGGCCAGAAGCGAGUCGAGGUUGUGCUGUCGCUGCCUAACCGUAGCGCAUCCGUCAAGAUCCUCCAGUUCUGUGCCGAGAAGCUUUUGUGCGUAGACUCAAAAAACGACCUCUCCGUCUUCUCUCUCGACACCAAGAAACUGCUAAAUGCACACUCGCCUCCUGCGAAAAUCACAGCACUCCACAGUGAUCCUGCCAUCGACUAUGCGCUGUUGGGCACGCAGCAUGGUGAGGUAUUCGCAUAUGAUCUCGAUAGAGAGACGCUCACGCCCUUCAAAAUACCCAAUUUGUGGCGGGAAAAGUUUCCAAGAUCCCGAUUAACGUCCGUCAUCACGCUGUCGCUACACCCUCGAGACAUCGGCUCUCUACUGAUUGGGUACAAUUCUGGCGCAGUCAUCUACUCGUUCAAGCAAAACAAGGCCACUCACUUUUUCAACUACCGUGUUCCCAAAGGAGCACCAGGCGGAGACUCAGAUCCAGGCUCCGUCUUCAAGGAACGCGAACCUCCACUGACGCAGGCCGUUUGGCAUCCAACGGGGACCUUUGUUCUGACUGGACAUGAAGACAGCAGUAUCGUCAUUUGGGAUACCAAGGAUGGCCGCAUUAUACAGGCAAGGACACUCACAGAUACAAACGUGGACAAGCCAGGCCCAGGGAGUUUCAGCCCGGGUGCAGUGGAGGGGUCUUUCGCACUCAAGUCGCCAAUUUUCAAGAUCGCAUGGUGCGCGAAUCAGGACCCUGAUGACACUGCCAUCCUUGUCGCAGGUGGACAGCCAUCGAACAUCUCGGCAAAGAGUCUGACUCUAUUCGAGUUGGGUCGAACGCCUGUAUAUGCUACUGCAUCAUGGCAGAUCCUGUCGGCUCAUUUUGAGAACCCCAAGAGGCAAAGGAUAUUGCCAUGCCCGCCCGGCACCGAAGUCAUCGACCUUUUCCUCAUCCCGAGAUCUUCGCCGCACUAUGCUGGCUGCCACGACCCUAUUGCAAUAAUUGCUUUACUUGCUUCCGGCGAGUUGAUCACUCUGUCUUUUCCAAGCGGUAUGCCCAUCACGCCUACCAACCAACUACACAUCUCCAUGACGCUUGUCCACCCAUAUAUCAAUUACAUCAAUCUCUCGCCAGUAGAGCGAACCCGAUGGCUCGGAAUGACCGAAAAGCGAGAAAAAGGCCCUCCAUUUUUAACUGGUGGCGCUGAAGCAGUACAUCCACUCAAGAGAUUCGAGAACCGAAAUAUUGUCCAGACAGCCCAUGCAGAUGGUACCGUACGACUGUGGGAUGCCGGGCAUGCUGACGAGAUUGAGAAUAGUGCGUUACUUCAGGUUGAUGUUGCUCGAGCGGUUGGACGACCAGAGGAUGUCUACAUCACAAAAACUUCAUUCGCAGGUGCUGCCUCCGAGCUUUCGGUUGGGCUGAAGAGUGGUGAAGUGGUAGUGUUCAGAUGGAACACGAACAAGCAUGCAGGUCAGGAGUAUCCACCCGGCGAGAACAAACCUCAGGCGCUCACAGACAUUACCGAAAGAAGUGAGGGGUCUGUUAAGGAGGGGCUGUUGCCUCUUACACUGCUCGAUGGAGGCAAUGGAGCGAUCACUGCCUUGAAGCACUCAGAUGUAGGCUUUGUUGCUGCCGGUUUUGAAGGGGGAAGCUUUGCUAUUAUCGAUCUCCGAGGGCCAGCAAUCAUCUUCCAAGCGUCUGUACAAGAGUUCAUCAAGUCAGACAAACGUUCUAGUUUCCGGCGCAGCUCAGCUCAUGCAGCACCGAAAGCGGAGUGGCCAACUUGUAUUGAAUUCAGCGUUAUGACACUCGAGGACGAAGACUACUCAAGUAUCCUGGUGCAUGUUGGAACCAACCUUGGCCAUCUCGCAACCUUCAAGAUACUACCAGAAGCAAAUGGUCGAUACUCAGCAAAAUUCGCAGGCGCGUGCUCGCUAGACGAGAGAGUUCUGAGUAUCUGCCCCAUACAUGCCGACACAGGCCGCCCAGCGUAUGCCUCGCAAUCUACUGUCGGUGGUCUGAGGACUGGGCUGAAGGUCAACGGCGUACUUUUGGCCGUCACCUGCUCUGAGGCGAGACUGUUCCGCCCUGCUACGAGCAAGGGCGCACACAAAACCUUUGAUCAGUUUCUGUGCGAUGCCGCGAUGGUGGUAAGGUACGAGGAAAAUGGGUAUGCGCUGCUUGGUCUCUACGGAGAUGGCUGUGCAAGAGCCUACUCGAUACCAGCCCUGAAGGAAAUUGCAUCCGUCAAUGUCAGUGAAUUCCUGGAUGUUCGACGGUUUUCAGAGGCGAUCAUCACAGCCACGGGAGAUAUCCUUGGAUGGAAAGGUCCAGCAGAGUUGGGCCUGAUCAAUAUAUUCGGAGCUGGAUUCCGAUAUGAUCGAGCAAAGGAUGUCUUGCUCAAUCCAGAUCUACUCGUCCCACCACGACCAACGAUCAGCAACAUACAAUGGAUAUCCGGUACCCAAUACGUAACACCAGCUGACAUGGACCUACUCAUUGGUGGCCCCGACCGUCCACUCUCAAACCGACAACUUGCCCAACAACGUGCAGAAGCCGAGCAGGAACGUCGUCGCGACAACGCCUCAUCUUCUAUGUCACCUGCUGCGCAAUACCAACCCUAUCCUGGACAGGCCGACGCUCAAGCUGAAGAAGGCUGGGGCGCAUGGGCCUCGCGCCAGCUGAAUGAGCGCACUGAGAAGCUGAAUAUCGUCGGUGAUAGCAUGGAUAAUCUGUCACAGAACAGUGCGGGCUGGGCUAAUGAUGUGAACAAAUUUGUGGGAAAACAGAAGAGAGGGUUUGUCAUGGGGGCUAUGAAGAGUAAGUUUGGGUUGUAGCGUGUUUUUUUGUGUCGUGCUUUUGGUACGUAGGGAACUUGACAUGCACCAUGAAAAAAUGUUUUCCUCUUCACAAGCACAGGGGCAGUUGACUCGUGAAAUAUAUGCAUUCCCAUGCCG